AGUCUGAGUGGAAAGUUAGAAACACCCUCUGCACAAAAAUCCUCCUCCGUUCAUGAGAAUCGAUGUGAGCUGCAGACAGAGCAGGGGGCAGAGGAGGUGUCCCGCACCCAGAAACACUGUACAAUGGCGACUGCUGCAAAUAAGAAUGUGGAGUUUGUACGAACGGGGUAUGGCAAGAAUAUGGUCAAGGUGCUGUUCAUCAGGAGACAGGGCAGCCGCCAUUCUAUCAUCGAGCUGAGGGCGGAUGUGGAGAUCACGCUCAACUCACGCAAGGACUACCUAACCGGAGAUAACUCCGACAUUAUUCCUACUGACACCGUCAAGAACACCGUCCACGCCUUGGCCAAAAUCAAAGGGGUACAGACAAUUGAGCAGUUUUCCCUGGACAUCUGCCAUCACUUCCUGACCUCUUUCAACCAUGUGCUAAGAGCCAAAGUUUACAUGGAGGAGGCUCCAUGGAAAAGGCUGGAGAAGAACGGGGCUGAGCAUGCUCACGCAUUUAUCUACAGCCCAGAAGCCUACCGUUUUUGUGAAGUUGAACAAAACCUCAAUGGCCUUCCACUGGUUCACAGUGGGGUGAAGGACAUGAAAGUCCUGAAAACCACCCAGUCUGGUUUUGAGGGGUUCUUCCGGGACCGUUUCACUACACUUCAAGACGCCAAGGACCGUUUUUUCUGCAGUUCUGUCUACUCUAGGUGGCGCUACAACAAGUCUCAGGAUGUGGACUUUGAUGGUGCAUGGAAGUGUGUGAAGGAAACAAUAAUUGAAAAGUUUGCUGGUCCAUUCGAUCGUGGGGAGUUCUCCCCAUCUGUGCAGAAGACUCUUUACGAAACACAGCUUCUUGUUCUGGACAGAAUUCCUGAGGUGGAAGAAAUAGAGAUCGUGAUGCCCAACCAGCAUUAUUUCACCAUAGACAUGACAAAAAUGGGUCUCGUCAACAAAGACGAGGUGUAUCUUCCUCUGGAUAACCCCUCUGGGAACAUCACAGGGACCGUAUGCAGGAAACGAGCACGACUUUGAAAGCAGUUGAAGCAACCACCGAAACAAAAAAGUCCUUCUGAAACCAUGUGGACAACAAACUUACUGUCAGCUCUCAUGAUGAGGAUCUAAUAGUUUAAGCUGAUCUUGAAUAAGUUUGAUGUAAAAUGAAAAAAAAAAAAAAAAAGUGCCCGCCAAUAAAGAUGUUUGCUGAA